CUAUUGGAAAUCUACUGGCUGAUUCUCCUGUCUGUCAAACAUCAAUCCAGAUUCCUAUUGGCUCUUCCGCUGCGUGGCCGUCCUCCAAAAUGACGUCACUGCAGCGAACGCCAUUUUGAUACUGAACACCGUGGGUGGACUAGAUCGGGUACGAAUAGACAGCGAAAUUUACACUCAAACACGUUGAUUAAUUGGUCAGCAAACGCAGAGCAGCCAUGUCAUCAGAUAACCAGGACACGGAGACGCAUUCGGAGCAGAUGGACGAGACUCAGGAAUCCCAGGACACAAACUCAAACCCAGUGCGGACAGAGGAGGCCAAAUUGAAAGCAAAGUAUCCAAACUUGGGUCAAAAGCCAGGUGGCUCUGACUUCCUGAUGAAGAGACUGCAGAAAGGGCAAAAGUAUUUUGACUCAGGAGAUUACAACAUGGCCAAGGCAAAGAUGAAGAACAAACAGUUGCCUGCCGCAGCCGGUCCAGACAAGAACAUUGUGACCGGGGAUCACAUUCCAACCCCUCAAGACCUUCCGCAGAGAAAGUCCUCAUUGGUUACAAGUAAACUGGCAGGCUAACGUCACCCAUAAGUUUUGAAUAAACCUUCUUACCAAACUUCCAAAACCUCCCCAGCCCCGCCAGACCAGCUUCAUCAGGACUGGCUAUCAAUUUAUUUGUUUUCAUUUGGGUCUAGGGUUUUGCUGUCAUUUUCGUUUCACUUCAGUAGGUCUAACCAACCCAGCUCUGUUACCCUCUUCAGUGUCCCACAUAGAGUAGGAAUAAACUAAACCCUCGGUACUUCAGGCCCCGGUGGAGCAUGAUGCACUUUACUCUGUGUACCCUGUACAUCAGUGAUAUUAUGAACAAAACCCAGAAGACUUCAUAAAAUGCUGUUCAAAAGAUACUUUUAAAAGUGUCAAAUAAUUUGAAAAUGAUUUAAGAUUGUUUUAAAAGGCAUUUUCUUCUUUAUAGAUAAUACUUGACAGCAAUUGGCCCCAGAUGUACAUUGGCAGCCCUCUUUAUCAUUCAUAAUGACAAAUGAAUGAAUGUUUUAUGAGAAUUUCUUUGAAAAAGUCUGAACAAAUGGUAAGAGCAAUUUUGGUAAAGAGUGGCUGGUAGCCGUGUAGCCUUCAUCCGCUCUUCUACCUCUCACUCUCUAAAUAUGGCUCAGUUGAACCGAAUAACGGCUGCUUCUGACUGGAUUGUUUUACUAUUCUCAGCCUUCACCUUCCAUGGUAGGAUCUGAGCAAGCGGUUCCAAUCAGGCUGAUUAGAUUAUAGUAAUCUCAGUUUUUGGGUGUAAACAGAGAAUGUUGUAAUUCACUGAUUAUAGCCAAGAGCAGAAAUGGUCUUUGAAUGUGGCAUGAUAACAAAAGGGGCUUAAGAAAAUGAUCUUGUCAUCGCACAAAGCAUGCGUUAAAAGAUAAAGUAUGUUCAUAGAAAGUAGUGGCUAUAUGUGUUAAAUCAUUAGGGCAUCUGGAGUCAUUCUGUACACUAACAGCAGUGUAUUUAUUAAUGGGAUUAAUGUGCGAUAUUUUGUGAUAUUCGACGCAUAUAUAGUGUGAAGCACAUGACCCCUUUGAUCAUCUCAGAUAAUGACGACAUAAUCAUCUUGUCCAUCUUAACAAAAUUAGUCGAUUUGAUCCUAAAUAUCUUUUUGUUUUCUGAGGAAUGAGAUGCGGAAGGAAAUUUGCAGAAUUAAGCAGCACCUUUGGUUCAAUAUUUGUAAAAUAUUUUAGAUCUAAACAGUAAAAUUCUCUACUUAAACUUGGACAAAGUUACAUGUUUAAACAUAUAAAAAGUAUUGAAAAACAUUACCAAUAGAUUGCUUUGACAUGCAGCUUAUUAUCGGGCUUCAAACCAACAUCAGUUAUACAAAUGACUUUAGGGAAUAUUAUAUCCUGUAACCCAUUUGUUUCCUUAAUUUUCUCAUCAUUUAGCAAAGUGUCCUUCUUCAGAGGGCAUGAAUCGAUUAACCUCUGUAGCUUCUUCAAAGUCUGAAGAAGUCUGUGCAGGGCUGUUGUAAAUCAUUGGUAACUCUGUAGUGGAUCUUAACAGCUAAUUUAUUCCAGGCUGUAAGACUUUGUACACUCCUUACAGAGUCCUAGAAUGAGGUUAGAUACUUUACAGAGCAAAUCUAGACUCAAACUAGGCAGUCAAUCCAGGUGUCUAAGUCAGGAUUUGCAUAGUCUAAUCAAGUUGCCCCUUCUAAAACCACAUACUCACCUACACGUGGCCUGAAGAUUUAAAAUAAAAUGUGUUUAGCCAUGUGAAGUUAACAUGUUAUUCUUGGCAAAAACAAAAUUACUGUACUAUCACUAUGUAAAUCUCACUAAAAGGUGAAUUACAUGUAAGGGAUUGAAUGUGUUUUUUCAUGUAUGGUUGAGGUGCUGGUGGCAGUUGGCAAUACAUCAGGGAAAUAUGAUGGUCUUGCACUUAGUUUUUGUCACUUGAUGGUAUGUGUGGAUGUACAAUGUUUCCUUUGAGGAAUGCGUUAUUGCACAAUGCUAGGAGAUAAUCUUAUUUUGUGCUGCAGCCAAAUUGUAAAUAGUCAAACUGUGCAUCUGGUGUCAUAUUUGUGCAUUUUGUCUUGCAUUAUACGUCUCAGUUGUCUUUCCAAUAUACACCAAGUUUGUGUUUUAUCUUUUAUUUGUUAAUAUUGUGUGUCUGAAUCUCUCUCUGCUUUUUGAUGCAACAUAUUGACAACAUCAUCAAUUCUAGUGUGAGAAACGUAAAUAUUGGGGAUAAGGAUGCUUGUAUUGUAAUCAAAGACAACUUUUUAAUUGGUUGGAUUAAAUUCGGACAAAUCUGCUCUAAAAACCUUUCCACUAUACUUCAAAGUAAUAUUCAUGGUAACUACAUAUUAACUCUAAAUCUACUACUUCAGGCGCUCUCUGUUAGACACACAAAGAUGUAUUCUUUGCAUACUUUAUGGAGCUUUUAGUCUUUAAUUAUUUUAUUUUUGUGCCCCAUUUAUAUAUUCUUUAUUGUUUCAGAUGUUUUGCUUGAAUUAAAUUGUGUUUGAAAGUGGAUUUCCAGAUCUUUCCAGGGUCAUCUGGUCUCUUACAAUUAUAUUUACAUGGAAGGAUGGCGAAUUACGCAGUAAAGAUAGAUGUUUAAAAUGAAUACUGGAGCUAUGUCUGAACUUCAAAUAAAGUUUUACAUUAAUA